GUGUGUUGCUGAUCUCCUCCAACAUCCACUAUCUUUGUGCUGCUGACGACUCUAAGCAACCACAUCCGGGUAACCGUGGUGACCUUCAUGGGUUGAUCAUCAUGGCGGCCAUCGUCAGGUUGAGUUCUGUGUGUCGCAGAGGAGUCAAACCUCUGUUCUACCAAAACACUUUGUUGGCCAGGCCGCUGGUUGUACCUCACAAAUACCAGGAGCAGCCCUACCAGUUGACAGCAAGGAUUCAUGCGUCACAGGCUCUGUACGCUGGCUCUGGCUCCAAAGCCGCCUCCCUGCACUGGACAGCAGAGCGAGUGGUUAGCAUCCUGCUCCUGGCCAUAGGACCUGUAGCCUAUUUUAGCCCCAGUCCUGUCAUUGACUACUCCUUGGCUGCUGCCCUGACCCUGCACGGACACUGGGGUAUCGGGCAGGUGUUGACAGACUACGUUCAUGGGGACGCAAAGAUCAAGAUGGCCAAUGCAGGCCUCUUCCUCCUGUCCACGGUCACCUUCGCUGGUCUUUGCUACUUCAACUACAACGACGUGGGCAUCUGCAAAGCCAUCGCCCUGCUCUGGAGCAAAUGAAUAUAACUGGACUGGGAAGCUUGGGAGGACCUAGACACUGGGAUGGGAGCAAUCUCGUCCUGGCUGAUUGUAAAAAAUUCAAGGUGUUCUAUGUAAAUUCUUAUAAAUAUAUCAUUUUUGACAAUAUAACUGAUUCACAAGUGUGUAAUUGUAGUUAAUGUCAUCAGUUCAGACCUGGCCUCUUUAUUAAGUCAACUGGCAUCCAUUUUUCUCUUGUGAUAUGUGGGAGAUUAGCUUCUGUUUAUGUUCCAUGUGGACUACAUUUAAGCUAAGUUCCCAUGUAGAUCUAUGUCCAGUUACUUAACCAAUUCUACAAAUAUCCAAUAUCCUGGCAUGUAACCGUUAUAUUUACUGGAGACAUACAUGUUUUCAACAAAACAGCUCUUCUAUCUAGUUUUACAGAGUAGUGCUGUUUGACAUGUAAUUUAUUUUUUUCAUGUUCGGGUCCUUCUUGUGACUGAUUUCUUAAAAUCUAUUUUGUUUCACUCACAAUGUGUACAUACUACCUUUUGCUCAUAAACCCAUCAGGAAUAACAGGGCAGCACUACGGAUUUGAGCAAUCACCCUCCACACUAACCCACCCCCCUCCCCCCCCCCCCUCCAGUGCACAAAUGAUUCACAAGGUUCACAAGGUUCACAAGGUUCAUUGUGAAACCUCUACUCUUAAGUGUUGCUUUGUUUAAUCCAGAAGGAGAUCUGCUCCGCUGCUCUAUCGAAGGUAAGGUAGGCGAGAUCUGAAGAGCAUCGUAAAUUCAAGCCAUCCAGCAGUACUCGACCUGCCUGCGCAUCACGAGCACAGUAGCUAACGAAGUCUGGCAGCGUACAAACUCUUGUCAGCUAACAGUGUAUAAUCCACAGCAGGGUCUGAAAUUAACAUCUGCAAAAUGCCGUCCUCUGCCCAAAACUUCUCGGCAGUUUAUUACCUCUUGGCAAAUAAAUCAAAAACUUAAUUUCAGGCCCUGUUCCAUAUUCAAAAACUGUUGAGGUUAUCAUGUAAUUUUGGAACUUUUACUCAUAGCAUAUAAUUGGUAUACACACACAGUCCUUGCAUGCAUCUAUUAAUAGCAGCAAUUAUUUGUGUACCGUUGAAACCGGUGUUACAGGUCGAGUUGACCGCUGUAAAAUCUGAGUUCUGGAUUCUGUUCUUUGUCGCAAUGCUCACGCAGUAAAUGUUUAUGACAGCCUACAAGUUCGGUGUUGUGCCUGUUGGCUUCUUACAACAAUUGUCAACUUGUAAUUUCUGUUCAGUUAAUGUCUUUUCAGCUUGUACGCACAAAACGAGACGAGGCAAGAAAAAUGCACUGUUCCUGCCUCAGCGGAAUAAAGUUGGCUUUAUAGAUGUU